AUGUCGUAUGGCUACGUUCAACAGGGAGGUUAUGGCCAACAAGCGCUGCCCGCCGGCGUUGAUCCUAACUGGUUGUCCAGUGUCUUUCAAAGCGUUGACAGAGACCGGAGUGGACACAUCAGUGCUGUAGAGCUGCAGCAAGCUUUAGGAAAUGGUACCUGGGCACAGUUUAAUCCAGAAACUGUGAGACUGAUGAUAGGUAUGUUUGACAGAGACUGCUCUGGCACAGUCAGCUAUGAGGAAUUUGCAUACCUGUGGAAGUACAUCAUGGACUGGCACAACUGUUUCCGCACCUACGACAGAGAUAACUCAGGGUUUAUUGAUAAACAUGAGCUGAGAGCGGCUCUUUCUAGCUUUGGUUACAAUCUCUCAGAGAAGUUUUAUGAUAUCUUGAUCAAGAAAUAUGAUCGACACAAUAUCAGUAACAUUGCCUUUGACAACUUUGUUCAAUCUGCUGCCAUUCUUCAGACGCUGACCAAUUUCUUUCGAGCUGAAGACAAGGAUCAAGAUGGAUGGAUCGACAUUGCCUAUGAUAACUUUUUGAACAUCAUCUUCAGUCUGAGAAGUUAA